AUGUCUUCUCUGCUCUUCUCCGCUGUAAUCCACACCAUGCAGCCGUGGUUUCUCCUCUCACUGUUUGUGGAGACACGUCAAGUAUCACUGCAGACGUCAAGUAUCACUGCAGACGUCAGGUAUCACUGUAUCACUGCAGACGUCAGGUAUCACUGCAGACGUCAGGGAUCACUGCAGACGUCAGGUAUCACUGUAUCACUGCAGACGUCAGGUAUCACUGCAGACGUCAGGUAUCACUGCAGACGUCAGGUAUCACUGUAUCACUGUAUCACUGCAGACGUCAGGUAUCACUGCAGACGUCAAGUAUCACUGCAGACGUCAGGUAUCACGGCAGACGUCAGGUAUCACUGUAUCACUGUAUCACUGCAGACGUCAAGUAUCACUGCAGACGUCAGGUAUCACUGUAUCACUGUAUCACUGCAGACGUCAGGUAUCACUGCAGACGUCAAGUAUCACUGCAGACGUCAGGUAUCACUGUAUCACUGUAUCACUGCAGACGUCAGGUAUCACUGUAUCACUGCAGACGUCAGGUAUCACUGCAGACGUCAAGUAUCACUGCAGACGUCAGGUAUCACUGCAGACGUCAAGUAUCACUGCAGACGUCAGGUAUCACUGUAUCACUGUAUCACUGCAGACGUCAGGUAUCACUGUAUCACUGCAGACGUCAGGUAUCACUGUAUCACUGCAGACGUCAGGUAUCACUGCAGACGUCAAGUAUCACUGCAGACGUCAGGGAUCACUGCAGACGUCAAGUAUCACUGCAGACGUCAGGGAUCACUGCAGACGUCAGGGAUCACUGCAGACGUCAGGGAUCACUGCAGACGUCAGGGAUCACUGCAGACGUCAGGGAUCACUGCAGACGUCAGGGAUCACUGCAGACGUCAGGGAUCACUGCAGACGUCAGGGAUCACUGCAGACGUCAGACCUCAGGGAGUCAGCCACAAAGAGGAAGAGAGCGAGACCUCAUCACACACAAGCUCCAGCCUGCACUUGUCCCUCCACUGCAGGGCGGGAAGGCACCCCUGA